GGCCAUGCGGAGCCCGGGCUGAGGCGCCGCGGCCGCGCCUCGCCAUGAAGCGGCAGAACCUGCGCACGGCCGCGCUCAUCCUCUGCAUCUUCUCCUACCUGCUGGUGGGCGCCGCCGUCUUCGAUGCGCUGGAGUCGGAGGCGGAGAGCGGCCGCAAGCGGCUGCUGGAGCAGAAGCGCGGCGAGCUGCGGAGGAAGUACCGCUUCUCCGCCGACGACUACCGCGAGCUGGAGCGGCUGGUGCUGCAGGCCGAGCCGCACCGCGCCGGGCGGCAGUGGAAGUUCGCCGGCUCCUUCUACUUCGCCAUCACCGUCAUCACCACCAUCGGCUACGGACAUGCUGCCCCAGGCACUGAUGCUGGCAAAGUUUUCUGCAUGUUCUACGCAAUUCUUGGCAUCCCCCUCACCCUGGUUAUGUUCCAGAGCCUGGGCGAGCGCAUGAACACUGUAGUCCGGUUACUGCUCAAGAAGAUAAAGAAAUGUCUUGGCAUGAGGACAACCAACGUCUCCAUGGAAAAUAUGGUCUUGGUCGGCUUUCUCUCUUGCAUGGGGACCCUGUGCAUUGGCGCAGCAGCCUUCUCUUAUUUUGAGGGCUGGACUUUCUUUCAUGCCUAUUAUUACUGCUUCAUCACCUUGACCACUAUUGGCUUUGGAGACUUUGUGGCUCUGCAGAAGAAUGAAGCUUUGCAAAAAAAGCCCCCAUAUGUGGCCUUCAGUUUCAUGUACAUCCUGGUGGGCCUGACUGUCAUUGGCGCCUUCCUUAACUUGGUGGUGCUGAGGUUCCUGACGAUGAACUCGGAGGACGAGCGGCGGGACGCUGAAGAGAGGGCAUCCCUGCGAAGAGCCAGGAACAACAUCCACCUGAAACCGAAGGAGGACAACCGGAGCAACAAUGCUAUUUUUCUCCCCGUUGAAGACAGGACGAGCCAGAUGAACCUCAUCCCGCUGAUCCAGGAAGAUGCAGAGAGGAAGCGGCGCCAGUCUGCCAACUCAGCCGCCAAGGUCCCCUCCUUCUGCACGUGCCUGUGCUACAGACCUCAGCUGUGCGGCAGCCCCGUGCCCUCCCACCCCGAGACUCUGAGCUGCCACACCAACCCCGUCUAUUACAACUCCGUUUCCUACAAAAUCGACGAGGUCUCCCUGAGCACGAGGGGGCAGACCGGCUCUUCCCCGGGGAGCACUUUAUCAUCCAGCAGCCCUCGCUGCCGGCAGCACCCCCACCCGCGGAGGAAAUCCAUCUAGGAGCGCGCGUGUGCUCCAGGCGGGGUGCAUGCCGAGCUGUAUUCAGCUGCUCAAGGUGUAUUUUGAUGAUAAAUUAUUAACUGAGAAGUCAGGUCACUUACUGCUCCCGUUUUUUUGUCCCACUCCCUUUUCAGCUGGCUUCAGCUCCUGCAGCAGCCAGCUAGGCAGAGGGGCCAGCAGGAUCCUUUCAACCUUAUUGAUAAACAAUCAUUCCUUUUUGCAAGGACUGGGUGAACUGAAUUACACAUUGCCAGUUUUCUUUGCUUUUUUAUCCCAAAUCUAUUCAAGCGUUUGGCUCUGGCAGGAGGUCCCUACAUGAUGCGGGAUCCAGCACAGCUGAGGGUUUGCUUUCCAACCCUCCCCGCUCCCAAAACGGCAGCAUCGCUGCCCUCUUCUGUGCCUGCCCCGCUAACCUCAACCGAGGUCACUACCAGUGUGCGGCUCUAGUAAUGCAGACCAAAUUACGCUUGCUGAGAGCAUAUGAAAGUGAGACCAGUUUUAGCAAGCCCACCGGGGCAAAGAUCCUCCAGCCAGUGGUCCUCCCCAUAUCAGGUGUGGGUAAGGCAGUGCCACAGGCCAGGCUUGCAGCCGGGCAGCAAGGAGGGGAGGAGGGCAGCUGGGUGGCCAUGGGGUAGGCAGUGAUAGGGCAGGGAGGGGAGGAAGGGCAAGGACAGGCCUGGCUCAGUGUGCAGGGGCAGUUUUAUGGCAGCAGGGAGGUGCUCCCUGUGCCAUAGAAAGCCACCUGUGAAGGGGUUGGCCCUGAUUAGAUCAUCAGUUAAAAAUCACCAUUUGUUUCACUAUCUGCACUUGACCCCCCCCCCCCCAUGUGAGCCCUUGGCUUUGUGCGUUGGAUUGCCAGAGGUGGGGUGGGCAGGGGCUGGACUCUGGGGCCUCCUGAGAGCCUCCCGGCCCAGCUGUCCUGCUCCACCAGGCUCCCUUUCCCGCAGGGAGCCUGGGUGCAGGGUGGCCCUUCGUGGGUGCCUGGCACAGCCGUGAGCCCUCCAGGCCACAGGAGCCCCAUAAGCUGAACCUCCUCGACCCGCUCCUGCGAGCUGCUCCUUCCCAUGCUGAGGCAGGGAGGCUGCCAGCUCCUGCCCACCAUGCCGGCAGCCUCCACACGGCUCCUCGUCGCUCUGCCUCCCUACAGAGGGGAAGAGGAGGCGAAGAAGGGGAGAAAGCCUUGCAAAAGACAUAGGUGCCUGAAACCCAGGAGCCUUCGCCCUGCAGUCCGGGCCAGCAGCAGGGGCUCAGGUGGCGCUGGCACAUCUCAGGCACUUCAGCUGAGGUCCUGCUGACACUUCUUCUGGGCUCUCCUUCCCCAAAUAUCUCUCCUUCCUUCUGCAUUUCUUCUUUGCCCUCUGCUUAGGAGGAGCCUGGCUGGGACGGGCAGGUCUGGCACGUGGAAGCCGGAGGGGGAUCGCGCCCUGGCCGCGGCGCCCUGCUUCCUGCAGCCCCCUUUCCUCCCACGUGGACUCACCUGGAUCCUGACGGCAGGAGAAGCUCCCUUUCACUUUCCCCUGAUGGAGAGACAUUUUCACUCUUAGUUGUAGCUAAAGGACCCCCACGUUUUUUUUUUUUUUUUUCUGAGGGGGAAGUCCCCCUUUCCCAGCAGGGAGGGAGUAUGGGCCCCCGCAUUGCAAAGGCCUCACAGCAGGCUUUGCCUUUUGCUCUCUUUCCUUUUUUUUGU